UCUUCUUGACAUUUCCAUCUGGGAUUUGACUCUUGUUUGUUUGUGAACAUCGUACAUCUCUGCCCUUCGGACAACAGGACUGAAUCUGCGUCCGUUAGAUUUGAUUCCUUCAAGUCCGAACCCACGCAUGCUUUGCUGCCAAUUCCUCCUCGUGUCGCAUGGAACUUUUGGACCUUUUUUGACAUCCGUCUUGCGCUUUUCAGCUACAGUGUGAGAUACCCAGAUCGUGGAACACAUGCUAUUUUGCAAUGAUUGGUUCCCACCAAAUUUGGGGAAUGGCAUAAUAUGCGCUUGGAGUUAUUCAGUGUCACAUCGAGGAUAUCGGCUCUGGCAAGAGCCGGUCGCAUCUCGUGUGCUCGAAGGCUGUUCGACCAAAUGCCACAGAGAGACUCGGUCUCUUGGAACGCAAUGAUCAGUGGGUACGCUCAGCUGGGUCUCCACCAGGAAGCUCUCUUUCUGUUCCGGUCCAUGAGAUCUGCCGGUGCCUGGCCUGAUCAUUUCACGUUAACCGCGACUUUGGCUGCAUGCGCGGGAUCGAAUGAUCUUGUUUAUGGGACCAAAGUGCAUGCUCUGGUCAUUCUUCUGGGGUUCCAGUCUUACUUGCCAGUUAAUAACUCUCUCAUAGACAUGUAUGGAAAAUGCUUGUGCCCCAAUAGUGCUAGCAAAGUUUUUGAAGCAAUGAGCUUUACGAAUGAAAUAACAUGGUGUUCUCUCUUGUUUGCCCAUGUCAAUUGUGGCAAUUUUGGUGCAGCCAACGACUUGUUCGUGCUGUUGCCGGAGCGAGUUCAAAUUGCUUGGAAUAUAAUGAUUGCUGGCUGUGGUAGAUGGGGUGACGUUGAAUCAUGUUUUGGUUUGUUCAAGGACAUGCAGGUGAGUGGGAGUGAGCCAGAUCAGUGGACUUUAAGUUCUCUCAUGAACGCUUGUUCUGAAUCUUUGGAACAUUUUCAUGGCCGUAUGGUGCAUGCUUACAUCAUAAAAAGCGGCUGGGGUAUUGCGGUGGAGUCAAAGAACUCGAUCCUGAGCUUUUACUCUAAACUGUGCUGUGUUGAGGAUGUUAUGAAGUUGCUCAAGUCUUUUGGUACUCUGACCCUGGUGUCUUCGAAUGUCAUCAUUGAUGCCCAUAUGAAGAUAGGAGACACCGAUAAAGCCUUUCUUGAGUUUCAGCGAAUCCCUGAGAAGAAUAUUGUUUCAUGGACAUCAAUGAUUACUGGAUAUGCAAGAAAUGGACAUGGAGAACAAGCUCUUUCUUUCUUUGUUGAUAUGAUUAAGAAUUGUCACAAACCAGAUGACUUGGCAUUUGGAGCUGUUCUCCAUGCAUGUUCUAUCUUGGCAGUCCUUGGUCAAGGGGAAAUGAUCCAUGGCUGCAUAAUUUGCUCCGGGUUCCUAGGUAAGGCCUAUGUGGGCAAUGGUCUAGUUAACAUGUAUGCAAAAUGUGGGCACAUAGAAGCAUCGAGUCAUGCUUUCUAUGACAUUGCUAGCAAGGACGUAGUCUCCUGGAAUGCAAUGCUGUUUGGAUUCGGUUUGCAUGGGCAGGCUAAGGAAGCUCUGCAGCUUUUUAAAGAAAUGGUAGCAUCUGGGACAAAACCAGACAAGGUCACCUUCAUCGGCAUGUUAAUGACUUGUAGUCAUUCUGGACUUCUGGAGAAAGGCGGAAAGCUUUUCAAUUCUAUGGACUUGGAAUAUGGGGUCGCACAUGAAAUGGAUCAUGUGGCUUGUAUGAUCGAUAUGCUAGGCCGAGGUGGAUACUUAGCAGAAGCAAGAGAGCUAACCGAGGAAACUCGGGGCACAACGACCAUGUGGGAUGCUCUAUUAGGAGCUUGUUCUGCUCACGUAGACAUGGAAAUUGGUACAUAUAGUGGGGAGGGCUUGAAGAAGAGGGAUCCCCACAACGAAAUGAGCUACGUUGUCUUGUCGAACUUGUAUUGCGCGAGCGGGAAAUGGAAAGAAGCAGAGACGGUCAGGAGGGUGAUGAACUCUCAAGGGGUGAGGAAGACGCCUGGCUGCAGUUGGAUCGAAGUGAGGAAUGUAGUGACGGCCUUCGUCGCGGGGAACAAUCCGCACCCGCUCAUGGAAGAUUUACGUGAGAUGUUACGCUUUCUCGACUUUGAAACUAGAAGUUCGAGGAUAUCAGUUUCAGAUUGAACGGGGAUCAUAACGCGUUUCUAUUGGUA